AAAAAAUAAAAAAAUAAAAAAAUGAGCCGCUCUUUCCUCCUCGUCCUCCUCCUCCUCUUUACGCCUGGUGCUUCCGUCCGACCUCUACCGGAACUAAUCCAACACGAAAUCAUUGGUUCGAACAACGGGUCGUCACCGAGAAGGGAUCUCGGCUACCUUACAUCCGAAACGGGCAACACGAUGGACGAUUGUUGGCUUUCGUCGGGAGAAAAUUGGCAAUCUCUCGAAAACCGGCAAAACUACGCCUUUUGUGCCCAAGGGUUUGGCAAAAACGCCCUCGGCGGUUUUGGUGGCAAGUAUUAUUGGGUGACCGACAAUAGCGACUCGGCCACGAACCCCAAGACUGGGACCCUCCGCCACGCUGUCAUCCAGCCGGACAAACUGUGGAUCUUGUUCGAACACGACAUGGAGAUCGUGCUCGAACAAGAGCUUAUGAUAAGCUCCUACACUACAAUCGACGCCAGGGACCGGAAGGUGAGUCUCACCGGAAACUCGGGUCUCACGGUGCAGUUUGCGAACAACGUAAUAAUUACGGGCCUCGAGAUUUAUAACAUGGCCUCGGCGGGUAAUGCGUUCGUGCGCGAUAGCCCGACCCACUCUGGGUAUAGGACUCAAUCAGAUGGCGACGGCAUUGGGCUUUUCACCGCGAAAAAUGUGUGGAUCGACCAUUGUGAAUUGUACCAUUGCACGGAUGGUUUGGUGGACGUGAUACAAGGCUCGACAAACGUCACCAUAUCCAAUAGCUUCUUCCACGACCACAAUGAGGCCAUUCUUCUCGGGGCACACGACAAUUACGCCGACGAUGUUAACAUGAAAAUCACCGUCGCGUACAAUUGGUUCGGGGAUAACAUCACACAACGUACACCGAGAAUCAGGUUCGGUUUCGCUCAUGUUCUAAACAAUUACUGGCCCUGUGGGUGGAAUAUGUACGCAGUUGGAGGCAGCGACGGGUCCACAAUCCUUGCCGAAGGCAACAUAUUCGUUGCUCCCGACAGUUCGUGGUUGAAGGAGGUGACCCAUAGGCAAGAUACAAGUCCAGUUAAUUUCAUAUCGAAACAUAACGAGUUUGACAAUUAUGCCUACUUUGUGGAAUCGGGAUCUCUUCCCGAGACCUAUCAACGAGCUUCGCUACUCAGCGCAACGAAUGCAGUCAACGUGCGAGCCGUCACAGCUCAAGCGGGCACGUUGUGGAGCAAUCACAAAGGCCACACAGAGGAGACUUGUGGCCAAUAUUAGGGCCUUCUUUUUUUGUUUGAUUUUCCACACCAAUUUAACCUACUUACGUAUUAAACUGUUUUAUUAAUUUUUAUGUAUAAUUUUCUUUACUAUACAACCUGGGCCAUUUGGUUGAUGAGAAAGCAAUCGCUAGCUGCUGCAGUGUUGAUGUCCAAUUAAAUGAAACGUUAUUAUUAAUACUAUAUACAUAUAUGUGAAUCUUUCAAG